CGCGACUGCUAGUGUGAGCGCGUUCUUUUCCCUCCGUGUCGCGGCCCCGCUCCGGGAGCGCGCCGGCCUCUCCCAGGCGCGCGGCGUGACGGCCUCACACGCGCCCCUCUUGCGCGCUCCCCGGCGCCGCCCCCGCCUCGCACGCGCCGCGUCCCUGCGCCCGCACUGUGCGCCGGUGCGGCAGGCCGUGGGAGCAUCCGGGCAUUUCCGCAGCCGAGCGGCGGUCGGGCUGCGGCGGCCAGAGCCUCUUAUGGCCGGGCGGCGGCUGGCAGGCGACAGGCGAGCGGGGCGCUGAGUCCCAAGAACGCACAGGAAGCGGCUGCGGCCGGGCGCCGGCGCCGGGCUGGUCCUUCUCUGGUGCAGAGCUCGGACCAGCCGGAAUCCCGAGAUGCAUCUGCAUCAGGUCCUCACCGGGGCUGUCAACCCUGGAGACAACUGCUAUUCGGUGGGCAGCGUCGGGGAAGUCCCCUUCACGGCAUAUGGAUCAGGCUGUGAUAUUGUUAUUCUGGCGAGCGACUUUGAAUGUGUGCAGAUCAUCCCUGGUGCUAAGCAUGGAAACAUCCAAGUCAGCUGUGUGGAGUGCUCCAACCAACAUGGAAGAGUUGCAGCUUCAUAUGGGAAUGCUGUGUGUAUUUUUGAGCCCCUAGGUAUAAAUUCUCAUAAGAGAAACAGUCAACUCAAGUGUCAGUGGCUUAAAACUGGGCAGUUUUUUUUGAGUUCCGUGACAUUCAACUUAGCAUGGGACCCUCAAGAUAACAGAUUGCUGACAGCGACCGAUUCGAUUCAGCUGUGGGCUCCCCCAGGAAGUGACAUUCUAGAAGAGGAGGAAGAAGUCGAUAAUAAAGUCCCCCCUGUUUUAAAUGAUUGGAAGUGCAUCUGGCAGUGCAAAACCUCAGUGUCUAUACAUCUGAUGGAAUGGUCUCCUGAUGGUGAAUAUUUUGCUACUGCCGGAAAGGAUGACUGUCUUCUGAAAGUGUGGUACCCUAUGACUGGCUGGAAGUCUUCUAUCAUACCUCAAGAUCCCCAUGAAGUGAAAAGAAGACGGGCUUCCACUCAGUUCUCUUUCGUUUACUUGGCACACCCUCGAGCUGUGACAGGUUUCUCAUGGCGGAAAACUAGCAAGUAUAUGCCCAGGGGCUCUGUCUGUAAUGUCUUACUGACUUCAUGUCAUGACGGUGUGUGUCGGCUCUGGGCAGAAACACUGUUACCAGAAGACUGCCUUUUGGGUGAGCAGAUUUGCGAGACCACUACCUCCAGCGUUGCCAGCAACCUUUCUUCUGCUGGAAAACACAAAGACAGAAUCCAGCAUGCUCUUGAGACAAUACACCAUUUGAAGAAUUUAAGGAAAGGCCAAAGGAGGUCUUCUGUUCUUGUAACUCACGCUGAACUGAUGCCUGACAAAACGGCAACCCAUGAAGUUCACAGACACAUUUCUCACCAUGCCAACGCGCUGUGCCACUUUCACAUUGCGGCGAGCAUCAAUCCCGCCACAGAUAUUCCAAAUGUCCUGGUUGGCACUGCAUUUAAUAUUGAUGAUAUCAAUGGAGGAUUUGUAGUUCAUUGGUUAAAUAACAAGGAAUUUCACUUUACAUCAUCAACUGAAAUAUUUAUGCACCAAUUACGAAAACUUUCUGAAAAACAGUUAGAUCAUGAAAGUGAUGAUGCAGAUAGAGAAGACGAUGAGCGCUCACAGGAGGAGAGAGAGAGGGGCUUGCGUAUGAAACUGGAUCAUGAAUUGUCUCUGGAUAGAGAAUCUGAGGCAGGUACAGGCUCAUCAGAACAUGAAGAUGGAGAGAGAGAGGGAAGUCCCAGGACCCACCCACGACCCAGCGUCUCGCUGCCCCUGCCCACAGUGCUGCUGGAUCGGAAGAUCGAAACGCUGCUGACAGAGUGGAAUAAGAACCCCGACAUGCUGUUCACGAUACACCCUGUAGAUGGGACGUUUCUAGUGUGGCAUGUAAAGUACUUGGAUGAAUAUAACCCCGGAAUAUUUAGACAAGUUCAGGUUUCUUUUUCCUCUCGUAUUCCUGUUGCAUUUCCCUCUGGGGACGCCAACUCUCUUAGUAAAAACAUCAUGAUGUAUGCUUGUGUAAAUGCUACAAAAGACUCAUACAGCACCACAUCACAGCCUGAGCUGAUGUCUGUAGAUAGUUCACAUGGGUCACAGCCUCACUAUACAUCACACAGCACUGAUUGGAACAUUUUAGCGCCUACGGUAAUGAUGGUUUCUAAACACAUAGACGGGUCUUUGAAUCAGUGGGCAGUCACAUUUGCUGAUAAGUCAGCCUUUACCACUGUUCUGACCGUAUCUCACAAGUUCAGAUACUGUGGCCACCGAUUCCACCUCAAUGACCUGGCAUGCCAUUCCGUUUUACCUCUGUUGCUGACAUCUUCCCACCAUAAUGCUCUGUUGACUCCUGAGGCAGACUGUCAGUGGGACACGGACAGUAAACUAAAUAGAUUAAUAGAUCCUGUAAAACACACAAAAGGUUCAUCAAAACAGCCGCUUAGAAAUGCAGCAACCCGCACAUUUCAUGACCCAAAUGCAAUCUACAGUGAACUUAUUCUGUGGCGUGUAGACCCCAUUGGACCUUUGUCAUAUACUGGAGGAGUGUCAGAAUUGGCUCGAAUUAACUCUUUACAUACCUCAGCCUUCUCUAAUGUGGCAUGGCUUCCAACUCUUAUUCCUAGUUAUUGUCUUGGCACAUACUGCAAUUCUGCAAGUGCUUGCUUUGUUGCAUCUGAUGGCAAAAAUCUAAGACUCUAUCAAGCUGUGGUAGAUGCAAGAAAAUUAUUAGAUGAACUAUCAGACCCAGAAGCCUCAAAACUUAUUGGAGAAGUGUUUAACAUUGUGAGCCAACAGUCCACUGCUCGACCAGGAUGCAUUAUUGAACUCGAUGCAAUAACCGACCAAUGUGGCUCAAAUACACAGCUACUGCACGUGUUUCAAGAAGACUUCAUUAUUGGAUACAAACCACACAAAGAAGAUAUGGAGAAAAAGGAAAAGGAAACAGAAAUAUUUUUCCAGCCAUCACAAGGAUAUCGCCCACCACCAUUUUCAGAAAAAUUCUUUUUAGUAGUCAUUGAGAAGGACGGCAAUAAUAAUUCUAUUCUUCAUAUGUGGCACCUUCAUCUUCAAUCUGUGCAAGCGUGUUUAGCCAAAGCUGCAGAGGGCAUCUCAUCCGACAGUCUGCUUUCAGUCCCGGGACAGAAAAACAUGGAGUCUUCUUCAGAAACCUCCUCUAGUGUGAGCUCCAUGCCGCAUUCCUCAUCAAUUGCUAAUCUUCAGACUGCUAGCAAACUUAUUCUGAGCUCCAGACUGGUGUAUAGCCAGCCCCUGGAUCUGCCGGAAGCUGUUGAAGUAAUAAGAGCAACACCUUCAGCAGGUCAUCUGAGUUCCUCUUCAAUUUAUCCAGUGUGCCUUGCACCUUAUUUAGUGGUUACAACUUGCUCUGACAAUAAAGUGCGCUUCUGGAAAUGUUGUAUGGAAACGAACUCACCGUGCAGUUCAAGUGGUGAGAAUGAGACCUAUCACUGGAGGAGAUGGCCCUUGAUGAAUGAUGAAGAAAAAGAUAACAGCAGUACUGUGAGCAUCGUGGGAAGACCUGUUGCUGUUAGCUGCUCAUACACAGGCCGGCUUGCAGUGGCUUACAAACAGCCCAUCCACCACAAUGGUUUUAUUUCUAAAGAGUUCUCUAUGCAUGUCUGUAUAUUUGAAUGUGAAUCUACAGGAGGGUCAGAAUGGGUUUUAGAACAGACGAUCCAUCUUGAUGAUUUAGUUAAGGUGGGGAGUGUACUUGAUUCAAGGGUUAGUGUUGACAGUAAUCUGUUUGUAUAUAGCAAAUCAGAUGCAUUUUUAAGUAAGGAUAGAUACCUUAUUCCAAAUAUCAAGCAUUUAGUACAUUUGGACUGGGUGUCAAAAGAAGAUGGCUCUCACAUUCUCACAGUAGGGGUUGGUGCUAAUAUCUUUAUGUAUGGGAGACUUUCAGGAAUCGUAAAUGAUCAAACCAACAGUAAGGAUGGAGUAGCUGUCAUUACGUUACCACUAGGUGGUAGUAUCAAGCAAGGAGUUAAGUCAAGAUGGGUUCUUCUGAGAUCUAUAGACUUGGUAUCCUCUGUGGAUGGCACGCCCUCACUGCCUGUUUCUCUCUCCUGGGUAAGAGAUGGAAUAUUGGUGGUGGGAAUGGACUGUGAAAUGCAUGUAUAUGCCCAAUGGAAGCAUUCUGUCAAAUUUGGAGACGUUGAAGCUGAUAGUCCUGUUGAACAAACAAUAAUACAAGAUCAUUCUGCCUUCAAAUCCUCUAUGUUGACAAGAAAGAGUAUCGCUGAAGGAGCAGCUAUCCCUGAUGAUGUGUUCUGUUCACCAACUGUGGUUCAAGACGGUGGCUUAUUUGAGGCUGCACAUGCACUCUCUCCCACUCUCCCACAGUAUCAUCCAACUCAGCUACUUGAAUUGAUGGACUUAGGGAAAGUUAGAAGAGCUAAGGCUAUUCUCUCCCAUUUAGUAAAGUGCAUUGCAGGUGAGGUUGCAAUAGUUAGGGAUCCUGACGCUGGAGAAGGAACCAAGCGACAUCUCUCUCGGACCAUUAGUGUGAGCGGCAGUACAGCAAAGGACACCGUUACCAUUGGGAAGGAUGGUACUCGAGACUAUACCGAGAUAGACUCUAUCCCUCCACUACCACUACACGCACUGCUUGCUGCAGACCAGGACACAUCCUACAGAAUUUCAGAAGAUAGUGCAAAAAAACCACAGAGCUAUGAGGACCAUAUCGAAAGCCAACCAGAGGAUCAAUAUUCAGAGCUGUUCCAAGUCCAGGAGAUAACAACAGAUGAUAUUGAUUUAGAGCCAGAAAAGAGAGAGAACAAAUCAAAAGUAAUAAACCUGUCCCAGUAUGGACCAGCUUAUUUUGGCCAGGAGCAUGCUAGAGUACUUUCAAGUCAUCUCAUGCACUCAAGUCUACCAGGCCUAACCCGCUUGGAGCAGAUGUUCCUUGUAGCGCUCGCUGAUACUGUGGCAACCACCAGUACUGAGCUUGAUGAAAACAGGGAUAAGAACUACUCAGGAAGAGACACCUUAGAUGAGUGUGGUUUGAGAUACUUGUUAGCAAUGCGCUUGCACACAUGCCUGUUAACAUCACUGCCUCCUUUAUACCGAGUCCAGCUCCUUCACCAAGGAGUGUCUACCUGCCACUUUGCCUGGGCUUUUCAUUCCGAAGCUGAGGAAGAACUGAUCAAUAUGAUUCCAGCAAUUCAGAGAGGGGACCCUCAGUGGUCUGAAUUAAGAGCUAUGGGAAUAGGCUGGUGGGUGAGGAAUGUUAACACACUUCGAAGAUGCAUUGAAAAGGUUGCCAAGGCUGCUUUUCAAAGGAACAACGAUGCCUUAGAUGCUGCUUUAUUCUACCUUUCCAUGAAGAAGAAAGCAGUAGUAUGGGGUCUGUUCAGGUCACAACAUGAUGAAAAAAUGACAACAUUUUUCAGCCACAACUUUAAUGAAGAUAGGUGGAGGAAAGCUGCUUUGAAAAACGCCUUUUCUUUACUCGGAAAACAGCGCUUUGAACAGUCUGCUGCUUUUUUCUUGCUGGCUGGCUCAUUGAAAGAUGCAAUCGAGGUAUGUCUUGAAAAAAUGGAAGAUAUUCAACUAGCCAUGGUUAUUGCCCGUUUAUUUGAAUCUGAAUUUGAGACUUCAUCUACUUACAUAUCCAUCUUAAAUCAGAAAAUCUUGGGUUGUCAAAAAGAUGGCACAGGAUUCAAUUGCAAAAGAUUGCAUCCUGACCCUUUUCUGCGUAGUCUUGCCUAUUGGGUAAUGAAAGAUUAUACCCGAGCCUUGGAUACGUUACUGGAACAGACGCCAAAGGAAGAUGACGAGCAGCAAGUCAUCAUCAAAUCUUGUAACCCUGUGGUGUUCAGUUUUUACAACUACCUUCGAACACAUCCUUUACUUAUUCGAAGAAAUCUUGCUUCCCCUGAAGGAACCUUGGCAACUUUAGGUCUCAAAACUGAGAAAAACAUUGCCGAUAAGAUUAACCUCAUAGAAAGAAAAUUAUUUUUUACUACCGCAAAUGCUCAUUUUAAAGUUGGAUGCCCUGUUUUAGCCCUUGAAGUACUUUCUAAAAUUCCUAAAGUAACCAAAAUAUCCUCCUUAAAUGCAAAAAAAGAUCAGCUUGACUUUGUUUCUGAAAGAAUGGAGAAUGGGCCCUCAGAAUCAAAACCGGUGAGCAGUAGUGAUGGUGGUUCUGGGGCCGACUGGUUGGCCGUAACUUCCUCCCAGUUUGACUGGAGUCAGCCAAUUGUUACAGUUGAUGAGGAGCCUCUUAGGCUCGACUGGGGUGAAGAUCAUGAUGGUGCCUUAGAAGAGGAUGAUGGCGGUGGCUUAGUAAUGAAGGCUGCAGAUGCCAAGAAGGCUGGGCAGGACCAGAGGGCCUCAGACCCGAGUGCAUUAUUGACUCCUCAGGAAGAGGACUGUGCUGAAGGUGACACUGAGGUGGAUGUGAUUGCUGAACAACUGAAAUUCCGAGCUUGUUUGAAGAUCCUUAUGACGGAGUUGAGAACGCUGGCCACAGGUUAUGAAGUCGAUGGAGGGAAGCUGAGGUUCCAGCUCUAUAACUGGCUGGAAAAGGAGAUUGCUGCCUUGCAUGAGAUAUGCAACCAUGAAUCAGUUAUUAAAGAAUAUUCCAGCAAAGCUUAUUCUAAAGUAGAGAGUGAACUUCUGGAUCAUGAAGAAAUGGUGGACAAGCCAGACAUUGGUUCCUAUGAGCGCCACCAAAUAGAAAGACGAAGGUUGCAGGCUAAACGGGAGCAUGCAGAAAGACGAAAGCUAUGGUUGCAGAAAAACCAGGAUCUCCUAAGAGUGUUUCUCAGUUACUGUAGCCUUCAUGGAGCCCAGGGUGGUGGUCUGGCCUCAGUGAGAAUGGAGCUCAAGUUUUUGCUGCAAGAGUCACAGCAGGAAACUACAGUCAAGCAGCUCCAGUCUCCACUGCCACUGCCCACCACGCUGCCACUGCUCUCAGCGAGCAUUGCAUCCACAAAAACAGUCAUAGCCAAUCCUGUGCUGUAUCUAAACAACCACAUCCACGACAUACUCUACACUAUUGUGCAGAUGAGAACACCGCCUCAGCCCAGUGUUGAGGACGUGAAGGUGCACACACUUCAUUCACUAGCAGCAUCACUUUCUGCGUCAAUUUACCAAGCGUUAUGUGACAGCCAUAGCUACAGCCAGACGGAUGGAAAUCAGUUCACAGGAAUGGCUUAUCAAGGGCUUCUUCUAAGUGAUCGACGGCGCCUCAGGACAGAAAGCAUUGAAGAGCACGCAACCCCCAACUCUGCUCCCGCUCAGUGGCCGGGUGUGAGCUCACUCAUUAAUCUCUUGAGUUCUGCCCAAGAUGAAGACCAGCCAAGAUUGAAUGUUCUGCUGUGUGAAGCUGUUGUUGCUGUUUACCUAAGCUUACUGAUACAUGCUCUUGCCACAAAUUCCUCCAAUGAGUUGUUUCGGCUUGCAGCCCACCCGUUAAAUAAUCGAAUGUGGGCUGCUGUUUUUGGAGGGGGUGUGAAACUUGUUGUGAAGCCUCGGAGACAAUCAGAAAGUAUUGCAGCGCCUCCUGUUGCUUCUGAAGACAUAGAUAAACACCGAAGGAGGUUUAACAUGAGAAUGCUGGUACCCGGGAGGCCUGUAAAAGAUGCUACCCCACCCCCAGUGCCUGCAGAAAGACCAUCUUACAAGGAAAAAUUUAUUCCUCCAGAACUUAGUAUGUGGGAUUACUUCGUUGCAAAGCCGUUUCUCCCUCUGUCUGACAGCGGUGUCAUAUACGAUUCUGAUGAGAGUGUUCACAGUGACGAUGAAGAAGACGAUGCCUUUUUUUCAGACACACAAAUUCAGGAGCAUCAAGAUCCUAAUUCUUAUAGCUGGGCUCUUCUGCAUUUGACGAUGGUUAAGCUGGCACUUCACAAUAUCAAGAACUUUUUUCCUAUUGCUGGGCUGGAGUUCUCUGAGCUCCCUGUGACAUCACCACUAGGAAUCGCUGUCAUUAAAAACUUGGAGAACUGGGAGCAGAUUCUGCAGGAGAAAAUGGAUCACUUUGAAGGUCCGCCCCCUAACUAUGUCAACACAUACCCAACUGACCUCUCAGUGGGAGCUGGACCAGCUAUUCUCCGAAAUAAAGCAAUGUUAGAGCCUGAAAAUACUCCAUUCAAGUCCCGAGACUCAUCUGCACUUCCAGUCAAACGACUCUGGCAUUUCCUUGUCAAACAGGAAGUUCUUCAAGAGACAUUUAUUAGAUACAUUUUCACUAAGAAGAGAAAGCAGAGUGAGUCUGUAGAAGAACAUGUGGAGCAGGUCAAACACAACUCCGUAGCAGAAGAUUGCCACAUCAAGGUUGAAGCUGAUCUGGGCUAUCCAGGAGGGAAGGCAAAGGUCAUUCAUAAGGAGUCCGACAUGAUCAUGGCAUUUUCUAUUAAUAAGGCAAACUGUAAUGAAAUUGUUUUGGCUUCAACACACGAUGUUCAAGAACUUGAUGUCACUUCUCUACUGGCUUGUCAAUCGUAUAUAUGGAUUGGAGAAGAAUAUGACAGAGAGUCGAAAAGUUCAGAUGAUAUUGAUUACCGUGGUUCCACCACAACCCUGUAUCAGCCUGGUGCAGCCUCCCAUUCUUCAAGUCAGGUGCACCCACCCCCAUCUCUGCCGUGGCUGGGCAGUGGGCAGACCAGCACUGGAGCUACUGUGCUCAUGAAAAGGAACCUGCAUAAUGUUAAGAGGAUGACUUCCCACCCUGUCCAUCAGUACUAUCUCACAGGUGCCCAGGACGGCAGUGUGCGGAUGUUUGAGUGGACACGACCUCAGCAGCUUGUCUGCUUCCGUCAGGCCGGCAAUGCCAGAGUUACUAGACUGUAUUUUAACUCACAAGGCAACAAGUGUGGUGUUGCAGAUGGAGAGGGUUUUCUGAGUAUCUGGCAAGUUAACCAAACUGCAUCGAAUCCUAAACCUUACAUGAGUUGGCAGUGCCACAGUAAGGCCACAAGUGAUUUUGCAUUUAUCACCUCUUCAAGCUUAGUUGCGACAUCUGGACAGUCCAAUGACAAUAGAAACGUAUGCCUCUGGGACACAUUAAUAUCGCCUGGAAACAGCCUCAUUCACGGUUUUACGUGCCAUGACCACGGUGCCACAGUACUUCAGUAUGCCCCCAAACAACAACUCCUAAUCUCUGGAGGUAGGAAAGGUUACAUCUGUAUUUUUGACAUCAGACAGAGGCAGCUAAUGCACACCUUCCAGGCACAUGACUCAGCUAUUAAGGCUUUGGCUCUGGAUUCCUGUGAGGAGUACUUCACUACAGGUUCAGCAGAAGGCAAUAUAAAAGUAUGGAGACUGACAGGUCACGGCCUGAUUCAUUCCUUUAAGAGUGAACACGCUAAGCAGUCCAUAUUUCGGAACAUCGGAGCUGGAGUCAUGCAGAUUGAGAUCAGCCAGGACAAUCGACUGUUCUCCUGUGGUGCAGAUGGCACGCUGAAAACCAGGGUUCUGCCCAGUGCUUUUAACAUCCCUAAUAGAAUUCUUGACAUUCUGUAGUCUGAGCGCUUGGGGGUUUAUUUUAUAUACCUCUCAGUUAAAAGGUGUAAUGUAGGAGUUAGGCAGUUCUGCUUUCCAAUACAGUCAACACCUUGAAAUAACAGAAUCUCUGGAAUUUGACUCUGAUGCAAGCUGGGUUUUACUCAAGUAUACUUGGGUGUUGCCUACCCAGGUUGGUAGAGUGCAUGUACCUUGUCAUUAUGUUGGCGUAUUAAAAAACAAAACAAAACAAACCCCUACCUUGUAUUGUAUGAAGGGAAGCUAUUCUUCACAUCAUGUAACACCUGAUUCAGAAACACUUGCGGUUAGCUGACGGUAAGUUACAAUAAUGAGCAGGGCCUUUUUACCAAAUUGAGGAAGAGAACAUUGCUGAUUCAGGCUUUUCUUCCUGUUCUCAUCAUGGAAGGAGCAUGCUGCUGUGUCUCGUUGAGUAAAGGACAGUCCCGGGUGUUAGACGCAUUAGACCACCAGAAACACUUCCUACCUGUGGAGCAGGCCCAGCCACUCUCACGUCCUGCUGAGUGUGUUCUCCUGUUAGUGUUUAUACUGAGCUAGUACUGUGACUUGCAAAUGAGUGCAAAUUUAAAUGCAAUGUUUCCCUCACAAUUUGCACAUUGACAUUUUUGGACUGCUAGUUUUUCUAUUAAGGUAUUUGCCUUUAUGUCAGGAAUGUCAUAUGUUAGACAUGGUGUAUUUGCAGUUAAGUAAAACAUACCUUCCCAGUCUAGUUUAGUACUUUUCUUUUUAUGUAUUUAAAGUUAAUAAGGCACAUGUAAAGCUAUGUGGAAACGACACCAGUAGAACAUUUCCUAUCAAUUAAAUGAAUGUUAGGCUCUUUGUGGCCAGUUGGUGAGAUCGGUGAGAUUAUUUAUUGCCACAGCCGAUUGUAUAAACUAUGCAGAGUUAAAUAUUAUUUGCUUGUAAAAUAUUAGCCAGUGUCAUAUUUUGAUGUAUUUCCUUCGUUAUGACCAAAAAUAUGUUGCAAUAUUGAAACCAGUGUCUGUGUAUGUUUAAGUGUUUACCAGCAAAUUGUCUCAUCAUGUAAUGAGAAUGUUUAAUGCCCAUGUGGUAAACAGUAAAACAUAAUGGUAUAAAAGCACCUUUCUCUGAAGGCAGUGUGGUACUCAUGCUGUGAAAUACACAUGUAAAAGAAAUGUUACUUGUUAGAGUUUUAUUUUAGUUUGGCCUAUUUAAGUAGACUGGUCUGGCAUUAUUUGACACUGUUUUUAAGAGUUAAUUUUAAUAAAAUAAUUAACUAUUAGAGAAAAUUUAA